AUGGAGGAUUAUAAGCUACCUAUGGUACAUGAAUCAAAAGUGUACAAUGAUAUCAAAGCUUUUAUCAAAAAGGACUCAAACUCAUCGCUCAUAGCUGGUGGAAUCGCUGGCGCUGUUAGUCGUACAGUUGUUUCUCCUUUUGAACGUGCCAAGAUCUUGUUGCAGCUUCAAGGACCCGGUUCACAACAUGCCUAUCGUGGAAUGUUCCCUACUAUUGCACAAAUGUACCGCGAAGAAGGCUGGCGAGGUUGGUUCAGAGGUAAUACUUUAAACUGUAUACGAAUAGUUCCCUAUAGUGCUGUCCAGUUUGCUGUGUUUGAAAAAUGCAAAGAGUUGAUCUUGCGAUAUCGACUUCAUCAGGAUGAGCCGUUAAGCAUGAAACAACUAUCAGAAUUAAACUUGACUGGUGUUGAACGUUUGUUUGCCGGGUCUUUAGGUGGAAUAGCCUCGGUGGCAGUGACAUAUCCUUUGGAUCUUGUACGUGCGAGAAUAACUGUACAAACAGCUUCAUUGAGUCAGUUGAAACGAGGUAAACUAGACAAGCCGCCUACUGUAUGGGGUACACUCAAGGAAGUCUACAAGAAUGAAGGUGGGUUUUUUGCAUUGUAUCGAGGGAUUAUACCAACAACGUUGGGAGUUGCACCAUAUGUUGCAAUAAACUUUGCAUUGUAUGAAAACCUUCGUGCUUAUAUGGUGCAGUCACCUCAUGAUUUCAGUAACCCGUUAUGGAAGUUGGGUGCCGGUGCCUUUAGCUCAUUUGUCGGUGGUGUAUUAAUAUACCCGUUGGAUGUGUUGAGAAAAAGGUUCCAAGUUGCCAAUAUGGCCGGUGGUGAGUUGGGAUUCCAAUACCGUUCUGUCUCCCACGCAUUAUAUUCAAUGUUCAAACAUGAGGGGUUUUUUGGUGCUUACAAAGGAUUGACAGCCAAUUUGUAUAAGAUUGUCCCUUCAAUGGCCGUGAGCUGGCUCUGUUACGAUACAAUAAGGGACUGGAUUAAGUGUUGGUGA